UAGGAUAUACCAUCAUAUUUAUACUCCUGAAAACAACAACAACAACAAAAUAAAGUUCCAGAAAAGAAAUAAAAAAAUGGCGAUUUUCUCCUUAUUCUUAUUUCCAUCACCACCUUCCUUGUUCAUCAUGGCAUUGUCUAUUAUAAUCUUGCUGUCACUCACAAUUUCUGGUUAUACGGAAAUGAACGGCAAACAGAAGCAGUAUGCCAAGUUUUUCGAUACCAUUUCAUCAAAAAAAGAAGAAAAUAAUAAGUUGCUAAGUAGAAAUGGAAUGCUUGUAUUUUAUACACCUUCGUUCAUCGUGUGUCUUGCCGCUUUAACCAUUCUUCCACAUCAAGAUCUUCGAGUCAUUAUGGUUGAAUAUGUUCUCACACUUCAUUUCUUCAAACGAAUUCUUGAGGUUCUAUUUGUUCACAAGUUUAGUGGUUUCAUGACGGUUGACGCUGCUAUAACCAUUGGCGUAAGCUAUUGUGUGUCCACUGCGACAAUGAUUUACGCUCAAUAUUUAUCUCAAGAACUACCCGAGCCUUCAGUUGAUCUCAAAUAUGUUGGCCUUGUGGUGUUCUUGAUUGGAAUAACCGGAAACUUUUAUCAUCAUUAUAUUCUUUCUAAUUUAAGAAAGAGAGGUGAUAAAGAGUACAAGAUCCCGAAAGGCGGAUUAUUUGAUUUGAUUAUAUGCGCACACUAUUUCUUUGAGGUCGUCACGUUCAUUGGAGUUUUGUGCAUUUCUCAAACAACGUUUACGCUUUGUUUCACUCUAGGCACGAUAUUCUUGUUGAUGGGGAGGAGCCAUGCUACUCGAGAGUGGUACAUUUCAAAGUUUGGAGAAAAGUUUCGCAAGGAUAUCAAGGCUAUAAUUCCAUAUUUGUUUUAGAUAGCCGUGACCCAUGGUUGAGACCGAAAAAUGUUCAUUAGAUGGCCAUAGUAGGUAUUAAUGGUUAUGUGAAGUUGCCAUCUCGAAUAAAUAAUUAAGCAUUUGUUGGUAAAAUAAUUGCAAUUACAACUUUUAAGG